UUUACUGGUGCGGAGGAGGACAAAGCUGGUCUUGGUGGCACCAGGGAUCUGAAAGUACCAAUACAGAAAACUCAAUCUUUCAAAGAAAAGAAAAAGGUCCAGAAUUGGUUCCAGAAACUGUUUGCAAGGAAAACGAGUCCUGAUUAUGACUCCACAGGAAUGGAGCAUGCUGCUGCAGUAGCUGCUGCUACAUUUGCAAUUAAUUUGAAAGAGUCCUUUGAACAGAAAAGUGAGACCCCGGAAGCCUCAUUGACCAAGACCAAAAGCAAGGUGGAUGGCACAAAAUCUCCAAUUUCACUACUUGGUAGUGCAUCCAAGCGAUUCUCAGGUUCAUUCAGAUAUAAAGAUGAUCAAGUUAAAAAGGUGCCAAUAUCCUCAGUUACAGAUGAAGAUGAAAAGAAGCCAGAAGAGGUCAUUACCCCUACACCAUCAAUGAAAAGGACUUCAACUUUAUCUGAUAAAAAACCUGAGACCCCAACACCAAAAGUUCCUCCUCCACCACCACCUCCUCCUCCUCCUCCACCAAUCAGGCAGACUUCAACUCCUACAACUGGUACUGAAACACAGACUCCAACCAGACCAAGCAUUGGAGAUACAAAAGCAGAUGAAUGGGAGAGAACCGAGCUCGAAAAGAUCAGAGAAAGGUACGAGCAGUUGAAAGAGACAAUAGAUUCAUGGGAAAACAAGAAAAAGAUGAAAGCCAGAUUCAAGCUAACUAAGGAGGAGAGUAAACUUGAGCGGAGAAGGCUGGAAGCUUUGGAGAACUUUCGAGUUAAGAUGACAUAUAUAGAACAAAUUGCACGAGGAGCGAGAAACAAGGCAGAAAAAAGCCGAAAGAAUGAAGAGCUGAAAGCAAAUGAGAAGGCAAAGGAAAUUCGAAAAACAGGCAAGCUACCAGGGAUUUUUUUCUGCUUCUGA